UCAUCAUUACGUCUUUCUCCCUCUCUCUGUUUAUUUGUGCGAAAAGAGAAAAGCCCAAUAAGUCCACAUUUGGCCACAGAGGGCGCUGGAUUGCUUGCAGGUCCUUGAAUGGAACUAUUUGGAUUGAUAUUGCAUUAAUGUUGGAGGAAGAUCAUUUGACAUGAAUAAAGCUUUUUACUCUGUAAAAGAAGAUUAAUUUAUUCUGAAGGCAAGAAAGCUAACAGGCAAGCCUGAUGAAUCCACCCAGCUGCCAUUCCUCUUCCAGCAAAAUCCAAGAUGAGUUACAUAUGAAUUCACUCAAGACUGAUCAAUCAGCAGAUAACAGCUCUAAUAUCACAGGCCAAAUCGCUUGCUCCCCCUCCAUCUCCACCCAAACUCCCCAUUCCAUGUCACUCUCGCUUUCCCUCUGCCUCCCCAUCAACCAUGACUCCCCUUCCAGCACUGUUGAAAGCAGCAACGAAGCCCAUAGACGAAGAAUGUUCACAUGCAAUUACUGCCUUCGCAAGUUCUUCAGCUCCCAAGCUCUCGGCGGCCACCAGAACGCCCAUAAGAGGGAGAGAACAUUGGCAAAGCGUGUAACUACAGCUGAACAGUUCACUCAUACUAUUGUAAGCAUGGCUUCAUUUCCCCUUCAUGGUGGUCUGCAGGCUCAUGGCUCGUUGCAUCAAGGUUUCUUUGGGACGCAGGAGAUGAGAAGAAGUGGGAUGUUUGAACAAGGUUUGUUUGAAGGAAUUCCUGCGUUAAUGGAAGAAGAGGAGGUGGGGGUGAUAUGGCCUGGGAGUUUCAGGCAGAAAGUGGUUCCUGUUUCUGAGUUGAAUUAUGGGGAGAAGGAAGCAGGGGAGGUUGAUGAGCCUGAUCUCACUCUAAGGCUCUGAAUGAAACGUAUAAAUUGAUUUGCUUCAGAAUGUAGUGAUGCUUCGUUUGGGACGUCCCAAGCGAAGUCUUAGAAUAUGAGCAGGUAUUGCUACGAGGUUUUAUCCUCUGCUUGUUUUUUGCUUGGCUGUUGUGCCUAGCUAGUCUUGUUUGUGGAGAAAAACACUGGAGAUUGGUGCUAAUUUUUACGUAGAAUUAUAUGGAUAGUAUUUGGCUUGGGCUUA